AUGAGAAUCACCUUUCCACCACAGUUCUACAUCCGGUGUUAUCUGUCUUCUAUCCUAUUCGAGAGAAGUUCCAUUACAAUCCCACUGCGCAAAAUACAGCAUUCUAAUGUUCAUCAACAUUUCUUGCCGAUCAUGGACGCUGAUCGCCUGUCCAGCCAGAAUGGCACUGCCUCCUCUGCUCAGACUCUGCCGUCUUGGAAGGGCGCAGAUGGCUGUCCCUGCCUUGGGCCUCUUGCUGCGCGCUCUCAGAGUAGGCUUCGAGAGUCACUUCUUCUCGUCAAGGACUCUAUCAUCACGCUCAUGUUCGCACCCAUCAGUAUACCUAUGGCGGUGCUCGUCGAUGCCAUCCGCAUAGUCCACGCUCUCUGGCCUAUGGGCGACAAUCAUGUAGCCCCAGUGUCUCAAACACCUGUGAGCAGUCGCCUGCAAGAGCCUUGUGUCUGCCCAAAACCAAACACUUGUUCUUCUUCCGGUCAGUAUGGCAGAUCUGAGCAGCCCGUCGGAACCACCAAAGCUGGAGAUGGCGUUACUCGGCUACCCCGUGAACUUGAAGCCCUCGAACUCUAUGAGGCUAUCUUCGUACCCGGCGAUGAGACGGAAUUCAUUGGAGUUCUCUACGACAAGGCUACAAAGCAAUGGAGAUCAACCUCCAUGGCUCACGAGUCUCCUCAGCUUGCACGCCUGCGAGCUCGAGAAGAGCGUGUCUUGGUUGUCUGCUCAAGGAGUCUUGUUCAAGCCCUCUCCCUCGGUGGCUGUGGCAAGAGCAUGCUGACCGUCAACGAUCAGAAGCGUGGUCUGGUCUUGCAGCACCAAACCCUGGUGAACCGUCUCCCCAGCGGAUACGAGGUGCUUGGAUUUCAGGCUGGCGAGUUGUCUGGGCUGCGCCUGUCUAGCCAUGAUGUGUUUCACAUUCAGAAUUUAGAGGACUUCCUCUUUCACGCUGCACGGGAUGCUGAGGCUAUCACCGCGGCUAGUGGUGGGGCGUUUCUCAAGUCGUGGCUCAUACCUCUGCCUAGGUUACUUGGACUUAUGGACGACACGGCUGCACAAUCCACCUGCAAGCGCGGAUUCUGGCAGCUGCACCAUCUGGGCUUCGCAACUCAGGUUUAUCUGCAGCUGUGGGACCCAGGCCAGUGGAGUCCCUCAGACAGCUUGGACGACGUCGAGAUCAGCGAUGCCACGACUUGGUUUGAAACGUAUGGGCAAGAGAUGGAUUCGGCUAUGCGCGAGGCCAUCCUGAACGUGCUUACGUUUCUGUUGGAACCGCCGCCGCCACCAUUGCCGCUCCCGCCGGCGGCUGCUGGUACUGGUAGCCGGUCAGGCCCCAAGAUAUAUAUCGUCUCUCGCUCGAGCAUGACGGCGAGCACUUCACUAAUGAAGAUUCGAGACUCGACACGAAGGCGCGCACCGCCAGGGCCCAUCGACCCACUGCUUCUCGGCAAGGCCUCGCGGCAUGUCUUGCCAUUGCCACCGCUUCACCACGUGCAAAAUGAGCCCGCAUCUGAUGCUCCGCAACAACAUGCUCGAAUACAACAUCCUUACCCUCUUGUUCCGCCGCCACCAUCUGCAGCCAAACCUAAGCUGGGGAUCCCGAGCUCCACUUCUCAGGAGGAUGAGAAAGAAGCUCGUAUGGGUCUGCAUUCCAAUAAGAGCCUGUGCAAUGGAGAGAAUGGUGUUUCUCACCCGCCAAGUAGCAACCUCCGCAACAUCAUGAAGUCAGGAGAAGAGCCGGUUGGAUUUGAGCACGCUUCAUGUGCCGGAAACAUCACCGACCCGUGCAUUGUCAGGCCCAAUGGGACGAGCUACGCUCUGUCGGACAGAAGCGGUGUCUCAACAACAACGCCAUCAGUUCCCAAUUCCAUACAAGAGCCCUCUUCUCCCUCUGCUGUCAUUUCUUCAGCCGCUCCAUCUGUUGUCGAUUCUGGGGUCUGCGUGGAAUUGCCAACACAUAACUCGGGCCUACAACCACAACAGUCGACCAGUCCUGACUUGCCUGGCAACAUUCUUCCUCCCUCGGUCCGACCUGCCUUUGAAAUGGCCACCAAGGAUGAUUUACGAAGCUCUCCUGCCACUACGCAGCCUCCAAUCGAUCCUGCAGCAUCUCACGAUGACCUUUCGCCCUCGAGAUCUGCCAGCCUGGACAGGUCGAGAAACACCCUGGAGAAUGGUAUCAGUUGGUCGACGCUCCCGACAGACUUGAGCUCGCCUGUCAUUGCACGGGUUAAACCCAGCACUCUAUUCGGUAGUACCCACCGUCGUGCCCGUCGUACAACAACCACAUCACCGUCCCCAGUGUCGCCGCCUCGUGUUCUCAACCUUCCGAGAGCACCAGUCCGGCUUAGUGACUUGACUGUUUCCACUCGACCGUGCUCAGAUAGCAGCGUCUGGGCCACCUGGGGAGUUGAUAUAUCCUCGGACAGGGCUACCAAUGGCUCUAGUCCGUCUCCGUUGAGCCUCCAGGGCCCUACAUGUAAUCUUGUACCAGAGCCAGGGCCCCAGGGAAUCGAGGCCAAUACAAAGCAUCCUGUUGAGGACCUACAAAAGGUGGUACUAAGGGAGUCUAAGAGUGACAGCCUCGUGAAGCCGAUCGAGUAG